AUGGAGAACGAAUCCCCUCCAGCACAAGAAAAUUCUAAUUGCCCAUUGGAAAGAUAUUUGUUUGAAGAAAACCUCGAUUACGUCAAGGAUUUAAAUCUUAAAAACAAUGCAGCAAAAAUUUCAGUCCAUGUAAAAUGUGUUUAUCCAGAUCCAGAAAAUCCAGGUGAGUUAAUUCCUAGAUCAGGCUCUCUUUCACUAUCAGCCGGAAAACCAAUUGGACAAAUCAGUAAAGAUUUUCUUGCAACAUAUCCAGAAAUCCCGAACAAAACAUAUUACGUCAGCUACGACCAGCUUCUUUUCCGUGAAGGUACUUUGGCCCAAUGUGGUAUUACUCAUGGAAAGUCUGUUGAAUUGAUUGCACCUGGUAAAAACCAUGCUGCCUAUCAUAAUGAAGGACUUACUCUUAUUGUCACGUCUUUACUUCCAUUUAUUUUUGGUCUUGCAUCAGUCAUAUUCUCAAUGACGUGCGGUGCUAACGUGGAUACUUCAUUCAAAGCUUUAUUCCUUUUCUUAGGAUUUCUAUUUCUUAUUCCAGCAGUUCUUGUUGGAGUUAUUGGAAUGAUUCUUAUACCCGAGUGCCCAAUGCCAUGUUAUUUUAAUGGCACAGAAUGGUGUUGA